UAACCACCCCAUCUCGACCACUCCACCAUGGGCUUUUACAAUCCUAGUCUUGCCAUCCGGCAGACCGACAUGGAACCCAACGAGGGACACACGAGGCCACCCACGCUCAGCCAGAGCAUCGCGUUAGAGGACUCGCCGCGCAUCUACGUCGACCAGCGUCUUCCAUCGAUAACUGUUCUCCUGGGCGAUCUGCCACGCCGUCCGGUUGAGCUCGCACUUCGUCUAUUCUUCCCCCCCUCCCCUCUUCAGUCCUCCAUCGGCGCGCCCUCAUCCCCAUUCUCAAACCCAUAUCCAACCUGGCCGGCACUCCCUCCCCGCCCGCGAUCCGCAGCAGGCCACCAUCAAGGAUUCAUUCCGCCCCUCGCACCCCUGGUCCCGCGGAGAGCAUUGGCACACUGCACUAGCUCUACCACUCGCUCUUACACCGUCCCAGACCGACCCUCAGCCCACUACUACCGAACCAGCCCGGACCGUGACCACCACCGCCAGAGGCGUACCAACAAGAGAGUCGUCCAGGCGACCUACAUGGCGCGGUGGUCAGGCCUCAAUUGCACCGUCAGCGGGAUCGAGUGCUACUAUCGCGCCAACGAUUGGGUUCCGGCCACGACACCUGAGGGGCUGAUAUCGCUUGUCGAUCCCGAGCCCCGAGACGGGGCGGUGGAGGAGGAGGAGGAGGAGGAGGAGGUGGUGGAUGGAGGGGAGACUGAGGAGAGUGAGGAGGAAAGGGAGAAGGCCAAGACGAAGCGGCCGCCGUGGUGUAAACUUUACAGGGACGCGUACUACCGCACGCGGCAGGUCAAGUGCCGCCAGGAGGAGGUGAGUCUGAUGGAGCAGUUUCCCAAGGAGUUGAUGGACGAGCGGAAUGAUUGGGUGCGGGAGGAGCAUCGCGUUCUGGCGAGGGGUUUUGCUGAGAGACGACGCCGGCAGAGAGAGGAGUGGAUCGCUGCCAGGAAAGGGCGGCUGUAUCAGAGGAUGCUGCACCGCAGACUUGUUUUCUGUCGUUGCGUCUAG